GCGGCGCCCGGGACGCACUCGGGAACCGCGCCCGCUGCCGCUGGCCGCGCGGCCGGACGAGGGGGCGAUGGAGCUGGAGCCCGAGCUGCUGCUUCAGGAAGCCCGCGAGAGCGUGGAGGCGGCGAAGUGCUACCGGCGGGAGCUGGGCCACAGGCUGCAGGGGCUGCGGGAGGCGCGGAGGCAGAUCAAAGAAAGUGCAUCCCAGACAAGAGAUGUCCUCAAACAGCAUUUUAAUGAUUUAAAAGGAACCCUUGGGAAGCUCCUGGAUGAGCGAUUGGUGACCCUUUUGCAAGAGGUGGACACCAUCGAACAGGAGACCAUUAAACCACUAGAAGACUGCCAGAAGCUGAUAGAGCACGGAGUUAACACUGCAGAGGACUUAGUCCAAGAAGGUGAGAUCGCCAUUCUGGGUGGUGUAGGAGAACAGAAUGAAAAACUGUGGAGCUUUACCAAAAAGGCCUCACACAUCCAGUUGGACAGCUUACCAGAAGUGCCUUUACUGGUUGAUGUGCCUUGCUUAUCUGCUCAGUUGGAUGACUCAAUUCUUAACAUAGUGAAAGACCAUAUUUUCAAGCAUGGAACGGUAGCAUCUCGCCCACCAGUACAGAUAGAAGAAUUGAUAGAGAAACCAGGAGGCAUCAUCGUACGAUGGUGUAAGGUGGACGAUGACUUUACUGCCCAAGAUUACAGGCUCCAGUUCCGUAAAUGUACUUCCAGUCAUUUUGAGGACGUGUAUGUAGGCUCUGAAACUGAAUUCAUAGUACUGCACAUAGACCCCAAUGUUGACUAUCAGUUCAGAGUCUGUGCCCGAGGAGAUGGCCGGCAGGAGUGGAGUCCUUGGAGCGUCCCCCAGAUAGGUCAUUCCACGCUGGUGCCUCAUGAGUGGACAGCUGGCUUUGAGGGGUACAGCCUGAGCAGUCGAAGAAACAUAGCGCUUCGGAAUGAUGCCGAGUCGUCCGGGGUUCUCUACUCCAGUGCGCCCACUUACUUCUGUGGACAGACGUUAACAUUCAGAGUUGAAACUGUGGGACAACCAGACAGAAGAGACAGUAUAGGCGUGUGUGCAGAAAAACAGGGUGGAUAUGACUCCCUGCAGCGGGAUCAAGCAGUGUGCGUUAGUACAAACGGUGCAGUUUUUGUAAAUGGAAAAGAAAUGACUAAUCAGUUGCCCGCAGUUACCUCUGGGUCCACUGUCACAUUUGACGUUGAAGCUGUGGCUCUAGGGUCCACCAGUACUAACGAAGGCGGAAACUUCAAGCUUCGCGUAACUAUUAGCUCAGAUAACAGAGAAGUGGUGUUUGAUUGGUUGCUCGAUCAGUCUUGUGGUUCUCUUUACUUUGGAUGCUCGUUUUUCUACCCUGGGUGGAAAGUGUUGGUAUUCUAGAUUUUCAGAUGAUUGGCUUUAGGCUCACAGGGGUUUCACGUAGCUUUCCCCAGUCCAGUUCAGGUGUCAUUGGUUUGAAAAAUGGUUAGAUUCAUCUCUCAGUUAAGUCAUUGGAAACAGAAAUUAUUUACUGGAUUUAUUUUGGAAUAUCGUAGCAAAAAGAGGCAUGCAUAUUGUGAACAAAACCGUAAUGCAGUCUGUUUUAUUUUUAGCAUAGUAUUAAUUUGGGAUAUCACAUCACAAUAAAAAUCAAAUUGGCUCUUAAAAGUAUGAGGAGAUAUAGGAAGCCCUCUACCCUUCCACUGUACUUACUUUUAAAGUUGGUUGUAAGAACACAAAAAUGUAACUUAACAUUAUUUUUCUUAAAUUUCCAUCUUUUAAAGAUCCAAGGCCGUUUAAGACUUUAGAAUGAAAAGGCAAGAACAGACCAGGUAGAAUGUGCUACCAUGUAUGCUGUAAUAUACACCCUCCUGUGUGUUCUCUGCGGGAGUGUUGAAUAUGCUCUUCAUAUGCAGGGAUUUGUAAGCAGUAUUGAAUUUUAUCUCAUGUUCAGUAAUCUUUAAGUCCCAAAAGAAUGAUAAUUUUUGCAUUUUUUAAAAUUACUGAGCAAAUGGCUACAGUAGGCAAAGUGUUUUCUUUUGUGCUUUCCUUGCAGUUCAAUUCGCAGUAGGCUAGAGGGUUUUUACAGGGUAAAACUGCUUAUGGAAGUAGUGGGCACAGCAGUGUUAGCUGUGUUCCACGUAUGAACUAUGCACAGGUGCGUAUCCAGCCUCAGUGACGUGCAUGUCGCUCUUUGCAGGGUCUGAGCUGCGGUCCAGUUUCAUGUCAGUUUCAUAAAUGGUCUUUUAGUGGACCAAACAAAUGUAGGGUAAAUACUUGACUUGUUUUUUUUUGAAAACUUAAAUUUGUUUAAAAUAUUUAUUUGAAGGACUUAAUAUGUAAAAAUGUUUAUCUCAACUUGCUAUAUACCAGCCUAAGAUCUUUUUUCUUUAAUGUGAAUUGUUUUUUUCAUUUUUAACAGUAGAAAAGUGGAAAAGCAAGUUUGAUAUUUUUGUAAGAUAAUUUAUUUGGGGAUUCCAGUUCCCUAUUCGACAAUCAUGACCUUUUCCCCUUGCCUUUUUAUAUAUAAGUAAGCUGUUUUUCACUUGGUUAGUGUUGUUAAGAUGUGCUAGAAUGGAGAUGCCUCGUCCAACUGUCUGAAACAAAAUAAAAAACUAAAAGGUA